AUGGACUCAUAUGAUUUGUUUGGUGAAGAUGGAGGGAGUUCGAUGCUUGAUGGAUUAACUGACUUUGGUGGAGAUAAUUUAGAUCCCAGUGCUCCUCGCGAUGGUACUGGAAAUUAUGUUGGACAACCACCUCCUUCUCAACAACAACAGCAACAGCAACAACAACAAGCGCAGUAUGGGCAAACAAUACCCCAAGAAUCUCCGCUUCAAAAGUUGGCAUCUUUUGGUGGAGAUUUUGGUCACGUGGAUAAUCAGCAGCAGCAGCAGCAACAACAACAGCAACAGCAAAACAUGUAUCAUCAAACGCAUCCUGGAUACAAUCCUAGUUCAACUAGACCUUUGGCGCCCAACACGGGGCCCUCAUAUCAACCACAUAUUCGAUCUCAUCGACCGCCUGGUCAAUUUUCGCCCUAUCCAACUAUUCCAGAAAAUAUGUAUUCUAUGGAAAGGCAACCUAGCAAUUUACAGGGUUGGAAUGGGGCUUCGGGUUAUCCUGGCAAUAUGAGGCAUUACGGAGGUCAAGUAAACCAACCUCAAUCAGCUUAUCGCCAACAUUUAGGUUAUUCACAGCAGCAGCAGCAACAGCAGCAACAACAACAACAACAACAACAAACACAGUCUGAUAAAAUGCCACAGCAAUACGCUUCAGGACAAAUGAUGGGUUAUCAACAAUAUCCGCCUGGUUCUCAUUAUUCUGGAUCUUAUGAUAGCUAUGGCAGAUUGACACAUCAUAAUCCAUAUCAACAAAGUGCUCCUCAGUCUCCUCAGUAUUCUCAGACAGCUCAACAAAAUCAAUAUCCGUCAAACGCUCCGUAUGGGCACAUGCAAGCAUCACAAAUUAUGAAUUAUCAUCAGCAAAAUCAACAUUCAGGACAUCCGACUCGACCUGGAGUAGAAGUAUCCGGUUAUUCACAAAAAGGAAUGCCACCUUCACUAGGGGCAGGAAGUCCUCAGUAUCGUGCGCCAUUUCCUCAAUUAUCACCUCAAAUUUCUCCUAGACCGCAAAUGUCUCCUCGUCCUCAACCCGCCUCAGCUCAACAGAUGUCUCCUCGACCAGUAAUGUCUCCUGCGAAAUCUUCAACUCUUUCCCCCCAUCCUUUAACCCCUAAGUCAACGUCUUCCCCGGCACCCAAUUUUGGACCUCAAAGUACAUUGCAGCAACUUGAGCAAAUGGUUCCUCCCUAUCAAUCUAGAAAUCAAGCUCAAACUAAUCCUCAGUCUCCAGCAAUAGGUAAUAGAGUACCCCUUUCUCCUCAAUCAUGGUCUCAGCAAAAUAAUUCUGUAGAAAAUCCAAUGCAAAAUACCCCUGACGGAAUGAGUUCCUUUCAUUCAAUGUCAGCUACUGAAGAAGCCAUUUCUACUUCUACAUUAGAUAAUUCAAUAGGAAGUGAGAAAAGUAAGAGUACCAUUAAUAUGGAACCACAUAGUAGUAAUGUAAUAGACAAUAAUUGUUCUUCACCUAGUGAAUCAACUGGGCCGAGUUCGUCUUUAGAUUCCAAAACAUCGGAUGCAAAGUCGAAGCAAUCUCAUUCAAGUCCUUUGCAUCCUCAAGGGCAGUUACCGAACUCAAGCCCAUUAAAUCAGCCACAUAACAGUCCUCAUCAAUCUACCCAAGUUUCACAAGGAUUAAGUCCUCGUCCUUCUCACGCCAGUUCGCAUCCAUCUCAUACGAGCCCUCAUCCUACUCCUUCUCAUCCUAGUCCUCAUCCAUCUCUUUCCAGUCCUCAUUUGUCUCCUGGGCAACCACUUCAAAGUCCACAUCCAACUACAUCUACCCAAUCGGCCCCAUCGACUCAAGUCAGUUCUCAACAAAUGAAAGAACAAGACAGUAAAAUUGAUAAUUCUUCUCAUCAACUUCUUAGUCCUACUCAGCACGUUAUAUCGGGCUCUCAUCAUUCAGCGCAUCAGUCUAGUACUGGGACCCAUCAAAUAAAUUUAACUGGAUCUACGAUGGCUUUAAAUACUUCUGAUCAAUCAAACGCACAAUUAUUAGGAACUCAAAAUCAGGGAAUGAGUGGAAUGUUGGGAAACAUGGCACCUCACCAAAACCUUUCAAGUCAUAAUUUACAGGGCAUUGGAGGUCAUAUGUCGUCGCACGUGCAAUUAGGAUCUCACGUUGGACAGCAUCAUCCUCAGCAACAUAUAGCACCUAAUCAGAGUCAUAUGUCUCAUUUAAUGGGACCUACUCAAAACCAAACUCAGAUGAUGCCUGGAAAUCAGCAUCAACAGCAACCACCGCAGCAAUCAUCUCAGCAACAUCUGAGUGGACACGGAAUGUCUCACGUGGGACAAUCCAACCGUUUUACCGAAUUUACAAAUUCUCAGUAUCAGUCUAGUAAAAUGGAUGAUAUGCUAUCCGUUGAUAGCAGACAAUAUGGCUCUCAAAUAGACACUACUUCUAUGGAUCACUCUUCCAGCAGGGCUGGUAGGUUAUUAAAUAUGAAUGAUCAAAUGCUUGGAAUGAAUAACCAACAGAGCAUGGAUCCUACAACAAUGAGAAUAAUGGCUAAUCGUCAACAGACAAAAAUGUAUAGUUCUUCAUCCAAUCCCUUGAUGAGUGGGGACACAAUGAUGAAUAUGAAUAUGGGAGGAUCUGAAAUGUUUAGUCAUCAGCAGGAGAUGGCGGCUCUUCAACAACAAUUACAAGAGCUUUAUUGUAUGCCUCCCGCCCCAAUGCAUCAAGAAAAAAUGACACAAUUGGAAGAAAGAUUAAGAACUUUACAGCAGCACGAAGCUGCCACACAAUGCCAAGGAGGGCCAUUGUGUGUUCUUCCUGGGCCUAUGUUUGGUGCUUCAUUAAUUCAAGGAUCCCCCCAGGUAACAAGCACAACAGGGCGAGGCCGUGGUCGUGGAAGAGGACCCGCAAAGCCUAGAAAAACUAAAAAACAAAAACUUGCUGAACAGCAACAGCAACAAUUAUUAGAGCAACAACAUUUGUUAUUACAUCAACAGCAGUAUAGACAAAUGAGUUAUCAAUCUAAAGGAAUGCCACUCGAGAUGAAUCCAAUGAUGGGAACUAUGGGUGGUUUACCGAACAUGCCGUUGAUUAAUAAUAUGGGUGCUAAUUUGCUAGCAAAUAAUCCAAAUAUGGCAAUGAACUCAUUGCAACCUAAUCCUAAUAUUUCAAAUCCACCUGAUUUGACAUCUGGUUCCGUCAUGCCAAUAAAUAGCAAUAUGACUUCUGGUAUUAAUCCCAAUCAGAGUAUGGCAACAGGACCACCGAAUUUGUCAAUAAAUCCUAAUAUAGUACCGAAUUCAAACAUGACAAUGAAUCCAAAUAUAAAUUCAAAUUUAAAUUCAAAUUUAAAUAUACCAACCAAUAAUUCCAAUGUACCUUCUAAUUCUAAUAUGUUGCUUAACAGUAAUAUGUCAUCAGGAAUGAAUCCUCCAUCCAAUACAAAUUUAGUUUCUAAUUCAAAUAUAUCAUCUAACUCCGUAGGGUUAAAUUCUGCUAAUUUAUCUUCCAAUAUGAAUUUGCCGGCGCCAAACGUAAAUAUGCCGAAUUCUUCAAUGUCGUCAUUAAGUGAUGUUGCUUCUCAUUCGUUAAGUUUAGGGCAGACCGUUAAUUCAAAUCAGAUUAAUUCAACUUCUAAUACGAAUGUAAAUACCAUGCAAAAUCAAAAUUUAAUCGCCAAUAGCAGUCAAAAUAUGCCUUCAAAUAAUCAUAAUAUGGUGACACCUCAUCCGCCUCCUACGGCAUUACCUCAUCAACUAAUUCCUCCUUCUCAUCAGUGCUCUCAACAAUCACUACCGCAAAUACCUUCACAAACUUCGCCUCCGUCACUUCCGCUACCUCAGUCAACUCAAGCGUCUUCAAUUAUACCAUUGCAGCAACAAUCACAGCCACCACAACAGCAACAUCAGUCACAACCACAAACCCAGGAAAAGCAGCAACCUUCCCAGGAACAGCAGCAACAGCAAUCAUUACCUCCGCCCCCUCCGCCUCCGCCUCCACCCCAACAACAACAACAACAAAUGCAGCAUCCAGCGCCGUCACAAGUAUCUUGCACAUUACCUCCUUCGCAAGUAACUACUCAAACUCCUGAAUCCGAUUCUGUUUCUUCUCCUCAGCAAUCUUCCACGGUUUCAAAUUUGAGCCCAGAAUCUCCUCAAAACCAAACCACAGCGCCUGUUGAGACAACGAUGCCUGAACCUGCAUCAAAAGGAGAAAUUUCUCCAAAUAAUAGUCCUCCUACAAGUUCGUUGUGGGAGUCGAACCCCAAUAAUAAUCAUUCUCUAUCUGAAGUAAAUACGACUUGUGAUGUCGACAGCAGUACAAAUCCUGAGCAAGAAUCUCAUUCUAUUAAUUCAUAUGAUUUUCAAAGUGAUUUUUGCAGUUCUUACGAAAAAAACUCUUACUCAAGAGAUGUGGCAGACAACGAAGUAGACCCUUAUCUAAUGACUGACGAAGCUUUAGGUGGUGAAAUAGUUCCGAGAAAAAUUAGAAAACAAAGAAAACCUAGAGGGUCCAAAACAGUAAAAGAACCAAAAUUACCAAAAGAACCUAAAAUAAGAAAACCAAGGACUCCAAAGUCGAAUAAAUCCGAUACGGAGGGUAAUGAGGAAGAAAAAGUGAAAACUCCGAGAAAGCGUAAAGAAUCUAAAUCACCUAAAGAGCAGAAGAAUAAUAAGCGAGGACCUAAAAAAAGAAAGUUGAGCGACGUCGGAACCGAAGAAUGGGAAGCUUUGGAAGCUGAAGAAAAACGUUUUUUUUCACUGGAAGAAAUGACGACUGCUAAGAAGCCUGAUAGCGACGAUAAUGAAAAAUUAGAAGAAAUCUCAGACAAUAAGACUGUAAAUUCUAUAAGUGAAGAUAAUAAUAAAGAAACUAGUAUUAAUAAUACUGAAACGAUUACUGAAACGAUUACUGAAUCGAUUACUGAAUCGACUACUGAAACGAAUAUUGAAACGAAUACUGAAGUCAAUGCAGAAUUAACUUUAGAAAACACUCCUGCGGUGACCAAUGAUGCCGUUCCAGAAACAAGUAACGAAUUGAAUUCGGAUUCAACGCCAAAAAAAAGAGGCCGAAAAAAAGACAACGGGAAACCUGUUUUUUCUCGAUCUAAAAAUGGAUCUUUUAGUAGCAAUAAAAGAGGAAGAGGUGGCCCGGGUAGAAAAAAAAAGAGUUUGGUUGAUGAAUCGGAUGAAGACGGGCUAACGACAACGCCUCCUCCUUCGCCUAAAAAAUUAUUGAUUUUAACAGUACAACUUACAUGCUUACAGAAACGACGAUCUGCUCGUAAUACCCAAAGAAAAAAAUACUGUGACGACAUAAUGCUCGCCAUAUCUGAUGAAGAUUCUCCCAAAAGUCCAACGCCAGACGGAAUACAGGGAAAAGGAGGAGCCAAAUCCGGACCUUCGGAUCCAACAGUAAAACCCAAUUUCGUUUACGUUAAUACAACGGAUGAAGAUUCAAUGGUUGUACAACACAUUCUUGCGGUACGUCGUGCAAAAAGAGAAGUUAAACCUAAUAAUGCUCAGCCAACUGCGAGUACUGAGGAAAUCGAUAAAGAGGAAACAAUCGAGACUAAGACUGAAAAUGUGGAAGCAUCAACCGAAAUAGAUAGUAAAGAAAACUUGAAAGAAGAAAAUCCGGAAAACAAUGAAAACGAUUCUAGUGAAAAAGAUGGAAAAGAUGAUAAUGAUGAAGGUGCAAAGGAUGAUAAUAAAGAAGAUGCAAAAGAUGAUACUAAUGAAGAUGCAAAAGAUGAUAAUAAUGAAGAUGUAAAAGAUGAUGAUGAUAAUAAUAAAGAUGCAAAAGAUGAUGAUGAUAAUAAUAAAGAUGCAAAAGAUGAUGAUGAUAAUAAUAAAGAUGAAAAUACUAAAGACGUUCAAGUUGAUUCUACGACCGAGAAAGAAAUAACAGAAGAUCAAAAUGAUUCAAAAAAUGAAAUGGUAGAGGUUGAAGAGUAUUUAGUGAAAUACCGUAAUUUUUCUUACCUUCAUUGCGAAUGGAAAACUGAAGAAGAACUUAGAAGAGGAGACAGGAGGAUUUUCUCUAAAAUAAAAAGAUUUCAGCAAAAAAUGGCAAAUAACGUGAACAUUUUUGAAAACUUGGAAGAUGAACCGUUCAAUCCCGAUUUUAUUGAGAUCGACCGAGUAUUGGACGUUGCAGAACAUGUCGAUCCAGGUACAAACGUAACAGUGAAACAUUAUUUAGUAAAAUGGCGUUCGAUGCAGUACGAUGAUUCAACUUGGGAAUUAGAAGCUGAUGUUGAUCCGUUGGCAAUUAAACAGUUUGAAAAGUUUCGAAAAAUUCCGCCAAAAGAAAAGUGUAAAGCAAAAAAAAGGCCGCAACCUGAUCAGUGGAGAAAAUUGGAAAAAUCGCCCGUGUUUAAAAAUAAUAAUACUUUACGUUUAUAUCAAUUGGAAGGAUUGAACUGGCUUUUAUUUUCUUGGCACAAUGGCCGGAAUUGCAUACUUGCCGAUGAGAUGGGUUUGGGAAAAACAAUUCAAUCUCUUGCUUUUGUAAAUUCGGUAUACAAUUACGGUAUUCGAGGUCCCUUCCUUGUCAUAGCUCCUUUAUCUACAAUUCCUAAUUGGCAAAGAGAAUUUGAAGCUUGGACGGAUUUAAACGUAGUCGUUUAUCAUGGAUCGGCGGCGAGUUUACAAAUGAUUCAAGAAUAUGAAUUUUAUUUCAAAAAUGAUAAGGGCAAUCUCAUGAAAGAUUUACAUAAAUUUAAUGUAUUGAUAACAACUUUUGAACUCAUAAUAACUCACUCUCAAGAGUUGAAAAGUUUCAAUUGGCGAUUAUGCGUUAUUGAUGAAGCUCACCGACUCAAAAAUCGUAAUUGUAAAUUGUUAGAAGGAUUACGAUUAUUAAACAUGGAACACAGGGUAUUAUUGUCAGGAACGCCGCUACAAAACAAUGUUAAUGAAUUGUUUUCACUCCUCAAUUUCCUCGAGCCUGCACAAUUUUCCAGUAGCGAUGCCUUCCUUCAAGAGUUCGGUGCUCUUAAAACGGAAUCGGAAGUUAACAAAUUGCAGGCCAUUUUAAAACCGAUGAUGUUAAGGAGAAUGAAAGAAGACGUUGAAAAAUCAUUGGCACCCAAAGAAGAAACGGUUGUGGAAGUAGAAUUGACAAAUAUUCAAAAAAAGUAUUACAGAGGUAUAUUAGAAAGAAAUUUUUCAUUUUUAUCUAAAGGGACUACUUCUUCAAAUAUACCCAACCUUAUGAAUACAAUGAUGGAGCUUCGUAAAUGUUGUAUUCAUCCGUAUUUGUUGAAUGGAGCGGAGGAACAAAUACAAAUAGACUACAGAAAUGUUAACGGAGACGAUCCAGAUGCGUAUUUUAAAGCUUUAAUUCAUUCGUCCGGUAAAAUGGUUUUAGUAGAUAAAUUGUUACCCAAGCUAAAAUCUAAUGGACAUCGUGUUCUAAUAUUCAGUCAAAUGGUAAAAUGCUUAGACAUAUUAGAGGACUAUUUAAUAUAUAGAAAAUACUCAUUUGAAAGAAUCGACGGGAGGAUUCGCGGUGAUUUGCGGCAAGCUGCAAUUGAUAGAUUUUGCCGACCGGAUUCUGAUAGAUUUGUAUUUUUAUUGUGUACAAAAGCGGGGGGACUCGGUAUUAAUUUAACUGCCGCUGACACGGUUAUCAUUUACGAUAGUGAUUGGAAUCCUCAAAAUGAUUUGCAAGCGCAAGCUCGUUGUCAUAGAAUCGGCCAACAAAAAAUGGUUAAAGUUUACCGUUUAAUUUGUAGAAAUACCUACGAACGCGAAAUGUUUGAUAAAGCUUCAUUGAAAUUGGGCUUAGACAAAGCUGUACUGCAGUCUAUGAAUACUUCUCAAGGUGGAAAAGAUAAUGUUCAGAAACAAUUGUCUAAAAAAGAAAUCGAAGAUCUUUUGAAAAGGGGAGCCUACGGGGCUAUCAUGGAUGAAGAUUCUGCGGGGGAUAAAUUUUGUGAAGAAGAUAUAGAUCAAAUUUUAGAAAGAAGAACGCAAGUCAUUACUCUUGAGUCAGAAAAAGGAUCGACAUUUUCCAAGGCGAGUUUUGCUUCGUCCGGUAUCAGAUCAGAUAUAAAUAUAGACGAUCCUGAUUUUUGGAAAAAAUGGGCAAAAAAAGCAGACAUAGACACGACGGAAAAAGACGAGAACGAACAGCUUUUAGUGUCGGAGCCUAGAAGGCGGACACAAAUCAAAAGAUACGGACAAGAUGAAGCUGCUUUGGAUAUGUCAGAUUUAGGAGAAAGUUCUGGUCCAUCGGUUGAAAGUGACGAUGACACUUCCUUAGGCGUGGGCAGAGGGAGAGGAAGAAAAAGCAAAUUUAGAAAACGUAGAAGACAUCAAAGUUUUCAUCCUUCAAUGUUGGGCGAAGAAUACGGUAUUAAAGAUGGAGACAUUUUAUACGGCACAUGGUCUCGGAGCGAGUGUUUUAAAGUUGAAAAAGGUCUUCUUACAUUCGGUUGGGAUCGAUGGCCGGAAAUUAUGUAUAAUACGCAGUUUCGAAAAGGGUGGACCGUUCAAAAUGUGGAAGAUUGUGCUAGAGUUAUUCUGGUAUACUGUCUUCGCUACUACAGGGGAGAUGAAAAAAUAAGAAAUUUCAUCUGGGAUCUAAUAACUCCUUGUGAAAACGGAUCAACGAAAAUAGUUAAAAAUCAUCACGGUCUAAGUGCACCCGUUCCUAGAGGUCGAAAUUUGACCCGAAGUAAAACCAAAAAUAAAGAUCGUAAAGGUUCUAGCGAAGGUGAACAUUGGAGUAAUUGUGAUAAAUAUGAUGGUGAAAUUAUAUUAGAAAGCAAUUAUAAAAAGCAUCUCAGUCGACACGCAAACAAGGUUUUAUUAAGAGUUCGACUGCUGUAUUACAUUAAACAUGAAAUUAUAGGAGACUUGGUUUAUCAAAUAAAUGAAGGAGUUCAUGCCAGUGCCUUGCCCAUAAAUCCUCCGAUCUGUGACCAGGCGCCGACUGUAUGGUGGGACUCGGAAGCUGACAAAUCUCUACUAGUGGGAACAUUUAAACACGGCUACGAAUGCUACUCAUUAAUGAGAAAUGAUCCUUUGUUGUGCUUUUUGGCCAGAGUAGGCCCCGAUCAUCCGAGCGAAGAUAAAAUCACGACUUUGGAUGAAGAUGUAGACAAGGAUACUGAGGAAGACACGAUGGAAGGAGAUAAUUCUAACGUCAUUGGAUGUUCACUGACGCUAAACGAAGACAAUUCCAACACGGGUGGAGAAAAUUUAAAUUUUACGGAUAAGCCCAAUACUCCGGAUACAACCGUAGAAUCAAUUCCGGAAUCAACUUCCGUAUCCGUAUCUACAGGAACUGAUGAUAUUAAAGUAGAAGGAAAAUUAGAUUGGCCUUCGAUAGGAGAUUUAAACACUCGACUUAGAAGAAUAAUCACUGCAUAUCAGAAAAAUUUCAGGAAGGAAGAAAUUAAACAACUUCAAAAAGCUAGGAAAAUUGAACGUCGCGAAAAAAUUGAGCAGAUUGUGAGAGAACGAGAAAAAAUUAGGCUUGAAAUAAGUCAAAAAAAAUGGUCGAGACGUGAAGAAGUAGACUUUUUCAGGACCGUCGCCGUUUUCGGCGUUGAAUAUGACAAAAAUAGAAAGCAAUACGAUUGGACAAAGUUUAGAAGUCUUUCAAGAUUGGAUAAAAAGACUGAUGAAUCAAUGACUGAAUAUUAUAAUGCAUUUUACACAAUGCUUAAGCGAUCUUGUGGACUUAAAAUAAUUGAAGACGAAGAUUGUCAAGAUCUACUGAUCGAACCUUUAAAUGAAGAAAAAGCAAAAAAGACAUUAGAAGUUAUUGAAAUGCUAAGUAAGAUAAGGGAGGAAAUAUUACCUCAUCCACGAUUAGAUCAACGACUUAAGCUGUGUAAAACAUCAGCUGACGUUCCUGAUUGGUGGGUACCCGGAAAACACGACAAAGACCUUUUAAAAGGUGUGGCUAGACACGGAAUUGCAAGAACAGAUUUUUAUUUGUUAAAUGAUCCAGAAUUAUGUUUUAAAGACGUAAUUAAAAUGAGCCUUGUUGAUGACCCUGCAACUUUUCUAAGGGAAAAAUUUGCAGAGAGUUUUAAAGUUGAAUGUCAACAAAAUAAAGUUGAUGUAGACGAAAAAGUAUUAGAAAAAAAAUUAAAUAAAUGCAAGUUAGAAAUUGCACCUGGUAAAUCAAAGGAGGAUUCCGCGAAAAAUGAUGAAUUGAAAGAUAAUGCGGAAAUUAAAAUCAAAGAUGAAAGUGAUGUAAUUUCUGAUUCAAAAAUUGUUAUAAAUAAAGAAGAAAAAUGUGAUGAUGUUGUGGAAAAAGAGAAACCUAAAAUGGAAAAUACCGAUGAAGAAAUCAAUACUAAUAAUGUAAAUGAAGAGACUGCUAUUAAUUCAGAAGCCAUUACUAAGCCAGAUGAGAAAGAAAUAGUUGAAAAAAUUGAAAAUACUGAAAAUGAAAAUAUUUCUAAAGGCAAAGACGAAAAUGAAGAAAGUGAAAAAACUGAUAAUGCGGAUAAUAAAGAAAACAGCGAAAAAGAUGAGAGUAAAGAUGAAAACAACUCUUCUAAAGAAAAUACUUUGAAAGAAAAUGAUGAUACGGUUAAAGACAAAAAUGAGGAGAAAGAAUGUGAGAAAGACAAGGAUAAUGACGAAGUACAACAUAAAAUUAAUAAUGAUUGUGAUAAAAGCGUCGAAGUGAAUAUUGACGAGGAUGUAGUAGUUGAAUCUGAAAAAGUUGGUAGUAGUGAUUGUGAUGCUGCGGAUAAAACGAAUCCAGACAAAAAUCCCACGAAAACUGAUGAUUCUAAAAAAGACAUUGAAAAAAUUGAGCCUACCGAAAAUCAAAAUGAAAAUUCAAAUGAAACAACCGAACAUCAAAUAACUAAACCGAAAUCGAGUGAAAAAUCGACGAAUACGGAAGAAAAAAUGGAUGAUGAUUUGAAAACAGACGAUAUUAUUAUUGAAGAAGAAAAAAUUAAACCGGAAAUUGAAAUUAAAAAGGAAAUAAUUAUUACUUCUAAAGAUUCUGAUUUGACGUCGCAAUUAUUGAAAUUUCAAAAAGCAUGCAAUUUGAGAAAACCUUUCAAAGAUGAAAAUUUAAAGUUAGGGUUAUCGGAAUUAGAAAUUCUUCAGCCGUGGGCCAGGCUAAACGAACUGGAUCAGUUUCUCUGGCGGGAACGUUCCAGUCCAGCUCCGUCGGAACCUUCUCUUGCCCAAUUAAUAGCACAUAGUUACCAAAAUCCUAUAAAAUGGCCCCGAGAUCAUGCUAUUAUUGUUCGUUUACAACACAUAAUUCACGCUGUCGAAUAUAAAGAAUGGCCCGUAUCUUCUAAUUUCAGCGCUUACACCGUUGGAACUCAUUCAAAUUUAACAUUAGAUAUAGAUAUUACACCUAGAAAUACACCCGAGGGAAGUGUGAAAAGAGAUUCUUCUACUCCAAUGUCUGUGCCAGAUGGUUCUGAAAUAAUUACCAUCACAACAGACCAUGCUCCGAAGCAUCAUGUGAAAAAGAAAAAACAUCAUAUUGCAAUAGAUGUGGAAACGGAGCGAGCAAAGCUUCAUGCAUUAUUAAAUUGUGCCGCUUUAGGACAAUCUCAACAUCAAAAUUUAAAAUCCAUGCCUUUGUGGGAAGCGACGGAUGAAAGUUUGUCAGAAGAUUCUAGAAGAUCUACACCCGUCAGUUUACAACCUCCUCCGGCUCAUCAACAAACUUCACGAACAUUCACGGGUGUCUCUACAAACCUAUCCAUGCCAUUCGAUCUUUCUAGAUUUCACACGACCACGAAAGGUUCCAGUAAUUCUGGAAAUACGAAUGCUCCAAUGGACUUAUCGUCGAAUUUAUCUAAAUGCGAACAGUUUAAAAUUAAAGAAUCUGACAUUCAGGAUUUAUCCAUUGCUCAAGAUUUGUCAUCUAAAACGAAGCACUCUGUUGUUUCACAAAAAAGCAAACUAGAAAAUACUCUUGAUAAACUUUUGAAGCGUAAAAACUGCCCUCCCGAAGAGCCAAUAAUGGAUAAGGAAAAGAAGAGAAGGAAAUUGGAUGCUAUUGUUCUUGGAUUAUCAGCAGCCAAGGAACAACAAAGUUCUUCAUUUUUCAGCGACUUGAAAAAAACUACAUGUAUAUCUCCAAACGUAACAGUGACUCCGGCAAAUACCCAAACUUCGUCGGCAAACAUCUCAUCGUCUAAACCCUUCACGAUCACAGUUACCUCUAUUCCGGCAUCAAGUGCUAACAACGAAUCAGAUAAGAAGAAAGAAAAUUUUUCUUUUGGAGGUCAAACCGAAAAAGAACACGGAAGAUCAUUUUUAAAGCAACAACAGCAGCUCCUUCAACAGCAGCAAAAUUUACAGCAACAGUCAUCCGGGUCAUCACAGUCUAGAAAGACUUACGAAGCUAUGGUUGCCGAUCUUAGCAAGGUAGCCGAAUUCUCAAAAAUGGGGUCAUAUCCUCAUGAUUCAAAGGCAACUGGAUCCAAAGCACCUUCUUUGAAGAAACUAGCUCAGUGGUUAAUGGAAAACCCUAUGUAUGAUGUGCAUUCAAAAUGGGCCGAACUUGUUAAAGAAAGAGGAAAUCUACCGCAUGAAGUCCAAAAACGGUUUUCAAAUUCAGACAGAAAAAGCAAAGGUUCUAGUCGUUCGCAGGUUCUUAACAGUCCUCCAGAGUCUUCUACAUCAUCGACUGCUACUGCUAUGAGUCAAGCCAAUUUGGCAACUUCGAUGGCUUCCACUCUAUCUUUCCCUUCUUUGGCAUCCGCCGGUUUAGGUAAUUUAUCAACAACCGGGUUAGCUCCUGGACUCCUUUCAGGUUUGACACUUGGUAAUUUCGAUUCCAAAAAUCCUUUAUUUGAUGUAAAAAAUAAUCCUUUGUUUGAUCCUAAAAAUAAUCCCUUUUUGGAUCCCAAAAAUCAUCCUCUUUUCGAUACCAAAAAUCUAUCGUUUUUAGAUCCGAAAAAUAACGCUCUUUUCGAUCCGAAAAAUCAUCCAUUUUUUGAUCCGAAAAAUAAUUCUUUCUUCGACGCCAAAAACAAUCCCUUAUUUGAUCCUAAGAAUCCCUUAUUACUUCCUUUCGGAGGACUGCCCAACAUGGGAGCGCUGGGUGGAAUGGGCCAUUUAAGUAGCUCCAUGAACUUUUUUGCAAAUCUGGCAAGCAUGGGUUUGCCUACCUUAUCAGGGCUUGAAACAAAUGCUUCAGGAGCAAACGCAGUGUUGCCAACAGACCAAGCCAGUCCGGGAAGCUCUUCGAACAAAGGCAAGUCGAGAAAAGCGGCCGCGGAUUCAGAGAGACAUUCCUCUUCGAAAACAUCGCCAGUAUCAUCAUCCUCAACAUCUUCCACUACGUCAUUGCCUAAUAAUGUGGCUGGUGGACUACCAUUUUAUUUCCCAAAUCCGAGCAUGUUGUAUUCGCCUCUUGGUUUGGGUGGUUUAAAUCCUUUCUCGUUGCCGCCUGCGGCACUAUCCUCCGCUUAUGACAAUUUAGCACAACAAUGUGGUUUGCUAAAUGGAGGUUUGACCGCCGCCGCUUCUACGUCAGGCACGACCACAACUCGAGGAAGUUCAAGUAGCCGAUCUCAAGGUUCUGGAAAUUCCAAGCAAAGUACAUCUACAUCUUCAAGUCCUAGUUCAAGCCACCGGCAUCAUAGAUCUGGCAGAGAUUCAAUGGACAGACAUAAUUUACAACAUCUACUACUUCCUCAUGAUGCGCAUCUUUUAGAAUCAUUAGGAAGAACAGGUGAAACGAAUAUAAGAAAUUCCGAAAGAAGAAACAAGGAGAGUACGGAUAGGAAAGAAUUAUCCGACAGAUCAGAAAAGCGGUCCAAAGACAAUGACUCAUUAAGUAAAAGUUUUUUGGCGGAUUUCCCUGCGUCUUCUAGUAAAACGGAAGAGAGGCAAUCGAGGCGUUCCAGCAAAGUGGAUCACGAUAAAAAAGAGUCAAUUUCUACGCAAAGCUUACUCAUGAGCUCAUUAUCCGAACUUGAUGACAGAAUGUUAAAAAGACUGCGAGAACCGGAUAUGAAAGAAGCACUGGAAGUUUUAAGUCGUUCUCACGCCGAAUUUUUCACAAAAUCUAUGCCAGAAGCUUCCAUCAAGUCCGGAGAAGCCAAGGAUUUUUCUCACGUAAAUAUGGCUGAUUUAAUUUCGAGAACAAUAGAAGAACACAACGUGAAAAGACCUAAAGAAAGUUUAAUGAAAGAAGUGUUGGCUCUUUCCGGGACAAGCAUGACAGAGGUGAAGGCUAUGGGUGAUGCCGAUGGUAAAAAGUAUUCUUCUUUACUGUUUUCUGAUGUACCUGAUAGCGGAGAAAAAAUUUCGGAAUCCGCAAACGAAAUCGUCGUGAAGAGAAGAAAAGACAAAAGCAGCAAGAGGGUUGCCGCCGCGGUAAAAAUGUCCGAGGAGUCCGUUCAAAUGAAGGAUGCCGUUUCCGAGAAAAGUACAUUAUCGGAACAAGAGGUAAAAGUUUCGUCAAAGGAUAACGUAAAAUUAAUUAACGAUGAAGAACGCGGUAUGUCAGAGUCGGAUCACAAAAUGAUGACGAAAAACGUGGAUAAUUUAGGAAAUCGAUCGUCGGUGGAUUAUUCGGAAAAAAGCGACGAGUCAAUUGAUCAAGAAUUAGGUUCGGCGUCGUCGGAGCCGACGACUUCGGAUUCCGCGGAAACGUCGUCGAAAAAUUUAGGUCGGGGUCGUCGCGGAAGGAGUUUGAAAAAAUCAAAAUCGACAAAAUCGGAUCCAGACGAACACCAGGUCGUCCAGCCCAUAGUCGAAAGAAAGAAUUUGAGGAGCAGCGCCGGGCGAGCAGCUCGGGCUGCAGCCGAACGUGCGGCUCUCAAAGACUCUUCGGUAACGAGAGGGGGAGCGGUGCAACAAAGUGAAAAAAGUGAAAGUGAAGACGAGCAAAAGUUGAACGAUAAUCGCGAGGAUUAA